AUGAUACAUAUUUUUUAUAGGACAGCCAUAUUUACUCUCUCAAUCUGGACAACACUGUUAUAUUCUAAUAAAAAUUUAAAAUGUAAUUUUUAUUAUAAUAACAACAACUUAUCAACAUACGUUAUAAAGCAUAACAGAUUUUUAUCAGAAUAUCAAUCGAACUUUCUUGGUGGGGGAUAUAGUGCAGCUUUAAAAUUAGUAAAUAGUAAAAAAUCCGGAACAAAUGUAAAUACAAAGUAUAAUUCAGAAAAUACCAAUACAAAUAAUAAUAUACCAGAAAGUAGUAGUACAUAUACAAAUACAAGGUUAGCAGCAAAUAACAGUACAACUACAAGCACUACAAAAGUAACAGAUAAUAAUAAAACAAAUAUUAAAUUAACAGGAAACAAUAGUACAACUAUAAAUACAAAUUCAACAGAAAAUACUAGUGCUACCAAAAAAGUAACCGAAAAUGUUAUUACAAAUCAAAUAUUAACAGGAAAUAACAAUACAACCACAAAUACAUCCACGACAGAACAUAAUAAUAAUAUUAACACAAAUACAAAUUCAACAGAAAAUACUAGUGCUACCAAAAAAGUAACCGAAAAUGUUAUUACAAAUCAAAUAUUAACAGGAAAUAACAAUACAACCACAAAUACAUCCACGACAGAACAUAAUAAUAAUAUUAACACAAAUACAAAUUCAACAGAUAAUAGUAAUACUAAUACAAAUUUAACCGAUAAUACUUCUACAACUAAAAAGUUGACUGAUAAUAUAAACACAACACAAAAUUUAACAACAAGUACUAAUACAACUACAGUAUCAACCGAUAAUAAUAAUAUAAAUACAAAACCCAUUGAUAAUAAUAACACAGAUAUAAAAUCGACAGAUAAUUAUAACACAGGCACAAAGGAAACAGAUAAUAAGAACACAGACAUAAAAGCAACAGACAAUAAUAAUAUUACAACAACCACGGAUAAUACUAAUACAAAUGUAAUAUCAACAGAUAAUAGUAAAACAAAUGUAAUAUCAACAGAUAAUAGUAAAACAAAUACAAUAUCAACAGAUAAUGAUAAUGCAGAUACAAUAUUAACAGAUAAUGAUAAUAAUACAGAUAUAAUAUUAACAGAUAAUAAUAAUACAGAUACAAUAUCAACAGAUAAUGAUAAUGCAGAUACAAAAGCAACAGAUAAUAAUAAUAAUACAAAUACAAAAGCAACAGAUAAUAAUAAUACAAAAAUAAUAUCACCAGAUAAUAAUAAUACAAAAACAACAUCAACAGAUAAUAAUAAUAAUACAAAUACAAAAGCAACAGAUAAUAAUAAUACAAAAACAAUAUCAAACGAUAAUAAUAAUACAAAAACAAUAUCAACAGAUAAUAAUAAUACAAAAACAAUAUCAAACGAUAAUAAUAAUACAAAUACAAUAUCAACAGAUAAUAAUAAUAAUAAUACAAACCAAUAUGUCUUUGCUAACAAUUAUAAUGAAACAACUUCUGAUGAUGAACUAAAUAAAGAUUCCUGUGAUUAUUCAGAAGAAAAAGAAAAUAUAAAAUCAAUGAUUAACGCUUAUUUAGACAAGUUAGAUUUAGAAACUGUUCGUAAAAUACAUUCAGAUAUAAGUACAUGUAUUGAAAAAAAAAAUAAUCCUAGGAAUCAAAUAACACAUUUAAACAAUUUAAAAAAUAUGUAUAAUAUAAUUAAAUUUAUAGUGGUUAUAUAUAUUGCUUUUAAUUGGAGUGAAGUAAUAUAUAAAUAUGUAGGAAAAUUAAUUUUAGCUUUUGCUUUAUAUAUGUUAAUUAAUUAA